UCUGGAAUCGGAGAACAAACGGUGAAACUAUUCUCGGCGUUGGGGGCCAGGGUUGUCGUCACCGGUAGGAAUGCAUCACAAGUGGAGACAGUGGUACAAGAAGUCCAACGAUUAUCACCACAAAAGCUGAAACCAUUGGGAGUUGUGGCGGAUCUGACCAAAGAUGCAGAUAUUGAGCGUCUAUUCAAUGAGACAAUUAAGACAUUCAAUAGAUUGGAUGUAUUGGUCAAUAACGCCGGUGUCUUAAUACAGGGCAACGGAACUGAAAAAGACUUUUUGGAUAUUUUGCCAUUGGGAGUUGUGGCGGAUCUGACCAAAGAUACAGAUAUUGAGCGUCUGUUCAAUGAGACAAUUAAGACAUUCAAUAGAUUGGAUGUAUUGGUCAAUAACGCCGGUGUCUUAAUACAGGGCAACGGAACUGAAAAAGACUUUUUGGAUAUUUUGGACCAAUCAGAGAGGGUUGAUGUGAAGGCAUCCCUACAACUCAUACGACUGAGUGUCCCGUAUUUGCAAAAGACAAACGGAUCCAUAAUUAAUAUCGGAAGCAUUAUAUCUGAGAGACCGAAAAAAUCUCAGUUGGCCUACAAUUUGGCCAAAACAUCUCUGACAACGAUAUCCAAUGUAUUGGCCAUAGAGUUGGGUCCACAGGGUAUACGAGUUAAUACACUCAGUGUAGGAGUUGUAUUAAAACCUGGAAUACCGGACAAAGUAAUUAAGAAAUGUGCAAAAUAUACACCACUCGGAAGGAUAGGUCAA